AUGAAGACAACAACGCUAAUAAUCCUGUGCAUACUCCUCUCCCUCCUCUCUCCCACCCUCCUCUCCGCCUCUGAAAGAUGCAACCCAAAUGACAAAAAAGUCCUCCUACAAAUCAAACGCGCUUUCAACAACCCAUACCACUUGGCCUCCUGGGACCCCGCCACCGACUGCUGCACGUGGUACGUCGUGGAGUGCGACUCCAAAACCAACCGCAUCAACCAGCUCCACCUCUUCGCCGCCAACGUCUCCGGCCAGAUCCCGGCCGCCGUCGCCGACCUCCCCUACCUCGAGCUCCUCACCUUCCACAAAAUCACCAAUCUAACCGGCCCAAUCCCCAAAGCCCUCACCCGUCUCGCAAAUCUCAGAUCUCUCACCAUCAGCUGGACCAACGUCUCGGGCCCCGUGCCUGCAUUUCUCGCCGACCUCAAAAACCUCACGUCUCUCGAUUUGUCGUUCAAUCAACUGACCGGCCCGAUUCCUCCAGAUCUGGCCCGGCUCAGGAAUCUAAACGGGCUGAGAUUGGACCGGAACAGGCUCACGGGCCCAAUACCCGACUCGUUCGGUAAAUUGACUCCGAGCCUGCAGUAUCUGUACCUCUCCCAUAAUCAGAUCUCGGGGAAUGUGCCCAGAGGUAUGGGUAAUUUGAAUUUCACGUUGAUUGAGCUACAGAGGAACAGGAUCGAGGGUGAUAUAUCUUUCUUGUUCGGCAAGAAUAAGACGGUACAGAUUGUUGAUUUUUCCAGGAAUAUGUUGGAGUUUAAUCUGUCUAGCGUGGAGUUUCCGGAUAGCUUGACGAGCUUGGACUUGAACCAUAAUAGGAUUUACGGGAGCCUGCCGGCAGGGCUGGUGAAUUUGGCUUCUUUGUAUUUGAACGUGAGCUAUAACAGGCUGUGUGGUCGGAUUCCAGUUGGGGGGCGACUGCAGGAGUUGGAUUACACUUCGUAUUUUCACAAUAGGUGCUUGUGUGGGGCGCCAUUAGGGGCUUGCUGA